AUGUGCGUUACUGCGAUCGUGCAAAACUCGACGACACAAUAUACGCUCUCCGGAACAGGGAAAACGACACCUGGGUGGAUGGGGGUUGGCUUUGGAUCACACAUGGCGAACAGCCCUAUGGUCAUCUUAUGGUCAAACUCAGACGGUUUAGUCACUCUAUCGCAGCGUCAAGCCCCAGCGGAAGUUAUGCCUACCGUUGUGUCGAGUCCCCCUAGAACUGCGACGUUGUUGAUGAAUGCUAGCACAACCUCAGGGAACAGUCCUCAAUUUGUAUUCUCCAUCCCAUCUGCGAAUACAACCACCAUCCCCACAAUUUGGGCUUUUGGGCCGCAGAACCCCGGAUCUUCAUCCCCAAGUGCGCCUCUGCAAAUUCACGAAGAGACAGGCACCGCAAGCUUCGACUUGUCAAAGGACUUCACUGGAGUCGCCACAGCGUCACGGUCCUCAGCUCUUUUGCCUUUUCAACGCCUGGUUAUCGGCCAUGCUAGCAUGUUAACGAUUGGUUUCUUGUUUUUACUACCGAUCGGAGCUUUAUUGGCGAGAUACAUGAGGACCUUCACGCCGAUUUGGUUCAAGGGACAUUGGAUUGUACAGUUCGCCAUUUCUGGACCAAUAAUUGUCAUUGGUGUCGCCCUUGGAAUACAGGCCGUUAUUGAAUCCGGGGGUCAACAUCUCAACGAUGAGCACAAAAAUUGGGGAGUCGCAUUGUUUGUCCUCUAUUUCUUCCAAUGUUCGCUUGGAGCUUUCAUCCACUGGGUGAAGUUUAAAAAUAUCCUCGGUCGGCCCCCGCAGAACUACAUACAUGCUUUACUUGGUCUGUUCAUUAUAGGAGCGGCGCUAUAUCAAGUCCGUACGGGAUAUAAAACCGAGUGGCCUAAGAUCGGACGAGGUCCGCUCAUGGCGGGUGCGGAUUAUGUUUGGUACAUCUGGGUUGUGUUGCUUCCGUUGCUUUAUGCCAUUGGUCUAGCUUACCUUCCAAAACAAUUCAAUCAGGAGAAUAAGAAUAACUUAAAGCAGGAGACGUAUGGGGAGUUCUUUGAGGCGACGGCUUUCAACGAUCAUAAGAGAGGGGAGGAACGUGCGAUGGGCAGCCCAUCUUUUGAAAUGGCUGAAGAGCAUCAUGCGAUGAUGGUGGAGGAAGCAAAACCGACAGAGCUUUAUAACGACUAG